AUGUCUGGCGACAACGACACAACAGGCUCAGGAUGCACCCUGACUAGGACUCCCUCUUUCAGCGGAGUCAACAUUCAGAAUCCAGAUUCUGCCAGACAUGGUGGCAGCAGGGUCCCUGGAGGUGAUAUGUCAAUGGUACGAGAGCUGUUGAGACGUGCACAAGAAGGCGGACAAGCACCCGAAGGCUCCUCAAGGCCCACGGCGUUUUGCGGAGGCCAUACCCUCGGCAGUGAUGACACUCCAAGCAGCUUCACUCCCGACCCAAAUGCUACUUCAGCCACUGAUCUUGACCAGGUAGCCCUCCGGCACUUGACCUUUUGGAGGAACGGCUUUCAAGUUGAAGACGGCGAAUUAAUGCCGUACGAUGUUCCCAGGCACGCAGCCAUCUUGGCAGAGAUAAAUUCUGGCCGUGCUCCACCCUCCAUCUUCAACGUUCUCGCCGGGCAAAUCGUCGAAGUCCGCGUCGCAAAACGCCUAAACGAAGACUACACCAAGUUGCUCCCAGGACUCAGCGGUGCGAGUGGAAGUGGGUCCCCACCGCCAUCAAACAUGCCUGGCACUUUCCCAACUUCUGGUGCUGUGCGGACGCCAACCAGGACAGCAGCACCAGCGCAGGAAAGGGUUACCACGAGGUUUGAGGUGGAUCAAACGCAACCUACGACAAGUGUGCAAAUCCGGUUGGCGGAUGGAACGAGGCUAUCUCAUACCAUUUUGGACAUUAGAAACUUUAUCAACGCCUCUCGUCUCGAAAACCUUGCGAGAUCGCAACAACUCUUCCCUAAUCGUGUCCUUGAUGACAACACCGCCACGAUAGAGGACGCGGGUUUGGUCAAUAGCGAACCUUGCGCCCGACCUGAUUUAGCAUAUUGGCAGCGAGCUGGGAAAAGACCUCCUUACCCUCCGGCGCGGCUAAGCCUCAUCAUAGAACCCCAAGUCCUCACUCUACGUCCUGCGGGAUCACCACGACCCCUGCUCAAAGCACUGCUGUUGGGUGCGUUUGGAUCAAAAGACGCUGCCCCAUUUCAAAUAUCUCACUUCGUUGACGCUUAUCAAUAUCAUGGUGUACACCUCCCGAAUUCCAUAAAGGAGGAUAGCUCAACACACGAUGAGAUCCAGUCCACGCUCGACAAAGCUGAUAUCCGCCCACUACAGAACGUAUCUGUGGAUAAUGUUGGGAUGGCUUUCCUCCAGUAUAUCUCUUCCUACUCGGGAUUGAAGGAAAUACAGCUAGUUCCUGAGAACUUCCCGCAUUGGAUUAGACGGGGGGGGACUGUGGGUUUGCAGCGAAGAGGUUUCAUGAGGAGUGUUUGCUCCAUCAUGUGGAGUCUCCUGAAGAACUCGACGUUCAGCCGCUUUGUGAAGGCCGGUGGUGUUUGGUUGAUGGAAACGUUGCCGUUCUAUGUCAAAGGCGAAGACUCGAAUUCAAACCUCGUCAAACCGCUCAUCGACACCGUCGCUCAAAUGCCGUCAUUGGAAGAGUUGAAGAUUGUAGGUUGGCGUUUAUUAUGUAGAAGAACUUCAAAAUAUAGGGCGUAG